AAAAGUUAUACCAUUCAUACUUUCGAGCUUCAAUAGCUCCGUCAUUUUGGAAGCUCUCCACUCUACGCUGUUGCUUGAGUGUAGCUAGGAAUGUCCGGCGACUGGAAGCAGCCGUGCUGGAAUGUAACUGCAGAGCCUGGUGGCCUACGCGCCUGCGUCGUGACAUGUUGCUUCCCAUGCAUUACGUAUGGGAUCAACAUCACCAAGCUCGGCGACGCCAAGGAAGUGAUGUGCUCCGGGCAGUUCACUCCUGCUUGCUGUCUCUACUGCUGCGCCACGUCCGUGGGCUGUCCGUGCAUCGUCCACAUUCCAGCUCGCAAGAACAUUCGGGAAAAGUACAAUAUUCAGGAGCCGCAACACGGCUUGCUUGAGGACGUCCUGAUGACUUGGUGCUGCAGCUGCUGCGCCAUCAUCCAGGACUAUAAUGAGAUCAGCGCUGCGAGGGGCGAAAAAUCAGGGACCAUCUUUUCCGAUCUUCUGGAGGCCUUCGGAGCUGCCGAUACCGGUGCUACGGGGAAAGCUGAUGAGGUUGAUAAGGCCAAUAAGGAGAACGCAGAGGUGAAGGAUGCCGAGACGAAGAGUGCCGAUGAAACAGCGGAGAAGAAUGCUGACGAAGAAGCGGAGAAGAGCGCCGAUGAAAAAGCGGAGAAGAGUGCCGAUGAAAAAGCGGAGAAGAGCGCCGAUGAAAAAGCGGAGAAGAGCGCCGAUGAAAAAGCGGAGAAGAGCGCCGAUGAAAAAGCGGAGGAGGCGGAUCUCUCGGGGAACGGAGAGCACAAAUCUUCGUGAAGAGGAUCACGCUGGGACGCUGAGGGGCCCGAUAUGCGUGAUAAAGCUUAAUGCCAGGCGGCUUUUGAGGAGUUUCGCAGCCGAACAUACAUAGCCAUACAAGUGGACAAGUGGUUUUGACAGUGUUUUCCUUGCCUUAGGACCUGUUUUUUCUUACCCGCGUAUGAACUUGAUAAAGUAUAUAGCGCAGGGAGAUACUUCCUUGAUCUCGCGCUCAGUGUGCUCGAAGUCAGCCUUGGCGAUAUUGUGCGAUACAUGCGUACAACGUGCAUGUCCAUCAUGUAUUGCUGCCAUUAUAUGCGUCGUUUGCAUUAUAAAAUUCAUUUUACUGUACGCCUAACUCCGGAAUGUUCGCGUUUGUGGCACGUACGUCACUAUUUGGUGUUAUUGGACUGCGUUGGGACAGUGUGGUAAUAUCAUCACCUUGACGUUAGGCUAGUUUAUUUGGGUUUAGGCGUCGCGUGAUGACGGCAGAGGAAUUAAUUGCCACGCGCUAGCAUUCACGCUAGGUAGCAUUGAGCCCUGGGUGCUCUUCGCGCUUGCUUGUAUGUGAUUGGUAGCUCUUGCUGCUGAUUGUCGGUCUAAGAUGCUAUAUCCCAUUCUUGAUGACGAUUUGUUGACAAUCGAUGUGCGGAGGUGGCUUUACUUGGACUGGGCUGCUUAUCAGUUCGCCUGCCGCAUCGAACAUUGUUCGAUUAGGGGCGGAGGCGGCGAGACACCAGGGCGCAUGGCGGAGUUGCAGGGUUCAUGCUUGGGUCGCUACAGAUUGGAUUGCAUCUCUCCUUGUUGGCGCAGUCAUACCAAAUGACUCCGACGAGGACCUGUAAGAGGCCUAUAUCGACAAA